AUGUAUUCCUCUAUAGACUCGGCCGCUCCCCGGUCCUCCUCGGGCAUGGCCUCCCCCCAAAGAAUUCCCUCUUCACGAUCGAGGGCCCUGAGCAUAUCCAGCGACCGGCCGUCGACCGUCGCACACAGCUUGAUGUCGCCCCCUUUGACAGUGUCACCUGAACCGGCCUUCAUCGCCGCCUCAGCUGCUUCGCAAAUUGUCACCAACGAUCACGACAGCCAUGCUGAAGCCUGGUACGAUCAGCAUGGCAUUGAGCCAUCGGGCGAGACAGCAGCCGUGUCGCCCGCCGCCUUGCAGCUGGUCAACAGCUUUCUCGAUCAGCUGCUCUUUAACUUUCUCUGCGUGUCCCGCUCCACUGCCCUCUCUGCUUUGCGUCCGGCCGUGUCCGAAGUGCUGAAGCCAAAGCUCGCCAAGGAUGCCAUAAACCAGGCCGACGAGGAACUUCGCGAGUAUCUCGGAGGCGAGGAGGAGCUUCCUGCUGAAGCCCAGGGGCAGGACCCUGUUUCCGCAAGCGAUUGGGACGUUGAACUGGUGUGGAAGCGGACCCGCCUGCGGUGCAUGGUGUAUUCGUCGCUCGGGGACAUGGAGGAGGAGGACGAGGACUACUACACGGAGCAGGGCCAUCUCGAGACGGGAACCGACGACCGGCUGUCCGAGGCCGUGUCUCCUGCAGUCGCCAUCUUCCUGACAUCGAUACUGGAAUUUAUGGGGGAACAGGCCCUCAUUGUGGCCGGUCAGGCUGCUUAUCACCGCAUGCGCGUGAAAUAUGACAAGGAGCUGAAAGAGGGCCUGCGGAGCCCGACGGGGGUUGCCGACAAAAUCGUGGUGGAGGAGCUCGACAUGGAGCGGGUCGCCCUGGACCGCACGCUGGGCCGAUUGUGGAGAUCAUGGAAGAAGAAGAUUCGAACUCCGACCGCUGGGACCAUGGAGCGUCUGGCCAGAUCCUUUUCGGGUGAUUCGACGCGUGGGGCAGGCCACCUGCGGUCCCCCAGCAGCACGGCGGAACUGAUGGUUCCAGCCACGGUCCUGGAGCCAGAAGCUGCUGUCGAGGGCGAAGUCGAGAACGUUGCGCAAGAGACAGUUGAAGGGGCCCAAAAGCUCAUGGAGGACGAAUAUCUGACAGCGGCGGCGAUUCCGCUGCCAAUGGGACCAAAUGAUGUGGAGGAGAUCGAGGUGCCCGGACUGGCGCCCACCUACGAAGAAGACGAGGAAGAGAAGGCCGCUGUUGGGCAAAGCGAGCAGCAGCCCGCCCGGCCCAAGAGCAUGAUUAUACUUCCGCUAGCUACCGGACUGCUCACCCCCGCAUCGUCUCGACCGCAAACACCAAUUGUCGCACGUCGCAAACGCUCGAACUCGCUGCCGACUCCAAUCACUACUCCUUACCUCUCCCCGAUCGAAGCCCCCGCUGCGCCUUUGGACGAGAACCAGCCGAUAGACACCUCUGAUGCUGCGGUGGAGGAACAAGUCCAGCCGUCAGAAGGGACUGCUGUUCAGAUCCAGGUCGCCCCUUCAGUUGUCACUCAGCUCGAAACCGUCGAAGAGGACCGGAUCGAUGAGGAGGAGGAGGAGGUCUCGAUCGAGGAGCCUCGUAUCAUUAGGUCCUCCCGCGUCUCGAUCCUGGGAGGACGGAAUCCGUCACCAACAUUCCCUGAAAAUGGAAAACCGACCAUGAUCAACACAAACCUGCCGGUGAGGUCACCGAGCAUUCACUCGGCAAGGCUGAUCGAAGUCACCAGCCCUCGGAGCCCGGUGGUGACGUCUGCACGCAACUCGCUGGUGGCCACAGACUCGUCUCGCGGACCCAGCCCCUCCCGUCUGAGCGGCGCUGAUACUCCUCCUAUUCCAGACGAGCGCCCGCGCCGUUCUCCGGACAGCGUCUUCCGUUCCCGACUCUCUGUCAACUAUGCCCAUCGUUCAGGGCUGGCAGCGAACGACCUGGCCUCGGAGACUGAGAAUGACUAUGCCGUGUCCCCUGUCACCCCCAUCAGCCCUGGCAGCGGCAACAACAACAGCCUACCAGUGAUUCUGGAAGCCACAUCGAGAGAGCCUCGCGAAAUCGAGAGUACAACUGACGAACAGCAAAACCCCAUAUCUGCUGUCCCUGUCAAUGCCGAGCGUGCUACAACACCGUCCUCGCAGAAGGCGCUCACCAAGGUUACCAUAUUGCCAUCUACGUCUUCGUCUCCAUCGAGACCAUCGACUGCGGCGAGCUCAACCUUCUUUAUCGAAUCGAUGCCUGUGCUGGCCGAAGGAAAAGCAGCAAAAGAUAAACACCAAUGGGCCAAACCCACAAACUCUCGGCUGUCGACAGGCACCACACCAGCGCCCGCUGUCCCCGAGCGAAGUGCCGGAAGACAGGCCGUGGCAAACACAUCAGCCCAACGCCAACCGGCCACCAUUGGCCAGGUGUCGGUGGAGAGGUCUCGCAACGAUAGUGGUCUUGAAGCCCCCGGGGCGUCUUCCAAGCAGCAACGCGGCUCAGGCUCACCCGGGUCAACCAAGAUCAAGCCUGUGCGAACCUCGGAAGAGGGAAUGCAGGCACGUAUUGAUGUGGUGCGGAACUUUGAGGAACUCAUCCAGAGCGACCAGACUAUCCAGUACACACUGACUCCUGAAAACAUGCGAGACAACAACUCCCAGUCAUCAACACGGCAAAAGGGUUCUGGGAGUCCCGUCAUCUCGGUCAAGACCAGGAAGAGUGAGGACGCACGCCAAAACCCGCCGCGGUCCCGCUCGUCGUCGGCGGCCAGGCCUGGCGAAAUGGGUGCCUCUGGGUCCAACAACCCACGUUCGGUGGGACAUGCUCACCAGUCGAGCGACACCCACCACAGUCUGAGGAGCUAUCCCACAAGCAGCAGCAAGCAUGGAGGCGUGGUGCCGCGAUCGACUCCACCGGGCCCGUCCAAGCCACGUGGAAACAUACCCCAAGCCCGGGACGCGAGAUUGCCUCGAGAGUCCAUGGCAGAAUUUGCGGAGUUCAUCCGCUCCACCGGACCCCCCGGCGGCGGCGCGGCUCCUGUCAAUGCGCUCGCUGGGUCCGGUGGCUCGCGAAAUCCGGGAAUGGUGUCAAUGGCUAGCGUGGCCUCCAGCAAGGGAUCCAUGACGAGCAACCCCAACAGACCAAGGCUUCAGGCCCGUGAUGCCGCCGUGGACUACAAGGAUGACAACUCUGACCUGAUCGAUUUCAUCCGCCGCGGUCCCCCGAGCCUCAACCCGCGGAUCCCCAAGGCUGUUGCCCCUUUCCGAACCACCAUGGACUCGGAUCAGAUGUCGGGAGCCGUUGGCGGUCGGGCCGUCGACGCCCACCUCAACGAGGCCGAGAUGAGGGGCAACGACUCGACCAGCUCGGUUCCCCCUUCUAUUCAGUCGUCUAUCAACUCGCAGAGCGCCCUCCUAGCCGGAAGAAACAAGCCUCUCCCCACCUCGCACCCUGCCCCUACGCCCAACGAGAUGGACUUCGACAUGCCGAUACCCAAGCGCAAGACUCGGCGCGUUCGCGACCCAUAUGCCAUUGACCUCAGCGACGAGGACGAGAUGAUGCUCGAGGAGGAGCCAACGCCCAAACCCAAACGACCAGCGGCCAAGGAGGAGAGUCUGAUUGACUUUCUGAACAACUAUGCCCCACCGCCCGAGCCAACUGUCUUGCCUUUUGCCACCCAAGAGACUCAAGCAGCGGCAGCUGCGCGAAACAGGCCCAAGAAGAAGUCGAGCUCGGCGAGCCUGAUGGCUAGGUUGACGAGGCGUGACAGCGGACAGGGUGGCGGACCAGGUUCUGGCUUCAUGGGUGGGCCCAAGGUUGCUCAGCUUCCUGCAGCUGAGUCCAGAAGUCUGAGCAGCCGGGCUAGCGCCGGUAUGGGCGGGACAAUGGGUGGAAGAAGCUAUACCCCCCUUCAAGUGGCGCCCAACAUGAGCUCGAAGGCAGCAGCCAUGAUGGGCGGUGGUCCACCCCCCAGUAUGGCCAACCGGCCGCCGGUGGGAGGCAGCGGACGGGUCCCGAUGAAGAAAUUUGAGCCACGCGACGCUGUUUCGGUGCCUUCCCGAGGUACUUCUGACCUGGCCGACUUUCUCAAGCACUCGGGUCCUCCGCCAGGCAUGACAAUGGCAGCCCCAUUCCCAGAGCCCAUGUCCCCUGAACAUCGCCGGCGGGAAUCGAACACUAUCUCAAAGGUCUUUGGAAGGAGGAAAAAGCCGAGCAUUUCUUGA